CGCCGGGCUCCCGCCGCGCGCGCUGUCCCUGGAGCGCGGGGACGCGGCCCGGAGCCGGGAAGAUGGCGAAGCGGCUCUGCGCGGGGAGCGCACUGUGUGUCCGCGGCCCCCGGGGCCCCGCGCCGCUACUGCUGGUGGGGCUGGCGCUACUGGGCACGGCGCGGGCGCGGGAGGAGGCGGGCGGCGGCUUCAGCCUGCACCCGCCCUACUUCAACCUGGCCGAGGGCGCCCGCAUCGCCGCCUCCGCAACCUGCGGGGAGGAGGCCCCGGCGCGCGGCUCCCCGCGCCCCACCGAGGACCUUUACUGCAAGCUGGUGGGGGGCCCCGUGGCCGGCGGCGACCCCAACCAGACCAUCCAGGGCCAGUACUGUGACAUCUGUACGGCUGCGAACAGCAACAGGGCACACCCCGCGAGCAACGCCAUCGAUGGCACAGAGCGCUGGUGGCAGAGCCCGCCCCUGUCCCGCGGCCUGGAGUACAACGAGGUCAACGUCACCCUGGACCUGGGCCAGGUCUUCCACGUGGCCUACGUCCUCAUCAAGUUUGCCAACUCACCCCGGCCGGACCUCUGGGUGCUGGAGCGGUCCAUGGACUUCGGCCGCACCUACCAGCCCUGGCAGUUCUUUGCCUCCUCCAAGAGGGACUGUCUGGAGCGGUUUGGGCCACAGACUCUGGAACGCAUCACACGGGAUGACGCGGCCAUCUGCACCACCGAGUACUCGCGCAUCGUGCCCCUGGAGAAUGGAGAGAUUGUGGUGUCCCUGGUGAAUGGGCGCCCAGGCGCCAUGAAUUUCUCCUACUCGCCGCUGCUGCGUGAGUUCACCAAGGCCACUAACGUCCGCCUGCGCUUCCUGCGCACCAACACGCUGCUGGGCCACCUCAUGGGGAAGGCGCUGCGAGACCCCACGGUCACCCGCCGGUAUUAUUACAGCAUCAAGGACAUCAGCAUCGGAGGCCGCUGUGUCUGCCACGGCCACGCGGAUGCCUGUGAUGCCAAAGACCCCACAGACCCGUUCAGGCUGCAGUGCACCUGCCAGCACAACACCUGCGGGGGCACCUGUGACCGCUGCUGCCCCGGCUUCAACCAGCAGCCGUGGAAGCCUGCGACUGCCAACAGUGCCAAUGAGUGCCAGUCCUGUAACUGCCACGGCCACGCCACCGACUGUUACUACGACCCUGAGGUGGACCGGCGCCGUGCCAGCCAGAGCCUGGAUGGCACCUAUCAGGGCGGGGGUGUCUGUAUCGACUGCCAGCACCACACCACCGGCGUCAACUGUGAGCGCUGCCUGCCAGGCUUCUACCGCUCUCCUGACCACCCGCUUGACUCGCCCCACGUCUGCUGCCGCUGCAACUGCGAGUCCAACUUCACGGAUGGCACCUGCGAGGACCUGACGGGUCGCUGCUACUGCCGGCCCAACUUCUCCGGGCAGCGGUGCGACGUGUGUGCCGAGGGCUUCACGGGCUUCCCAAGUUGCUACCCGACACCCUCAUCCUCCAAUGACACCAGGGAGCAGGUGCUGCCAGCCGGCCAGAUUGUGAAUUGUGACUGCAGUGCGGCAGGGACCCAGGGCAACGCCUGCCGGAAGGACCCGAGAGUGGGGCGCUGUGUGUGCAAACCCAACUUCCAAGGCACCCAUUGUGAGCUCUGCGUGCCAGGGUUCUAUGGCCCCGGCUGCCAGCCCUGCCAGUGUUCCAGCCCUGGAGUGGCCGAUGACCGCUGUGACCCUGACACAGGCCGGUGCAGGUGCCGAGAGGGCUUCGAGGGGGCCACAUGUGAUCGCUGUGCCCCUGGCUACUUCCGCUUCCCUCUCUGCCAGUUGUGCGGCUGCAGCCCUGCAGGAACCCUGCCCGAGGGCUGCGACGAGGCCGGCCGCUGCCCAUGCCAGCCUGGGUUUGCUGGACCUCAUUGUGACCAGUGCCACCCUGGCUACCACGGUUUCCCCAACUGCCAACCGUGCACCUGCGAUCCCCGGGGAGCCCUGGACCAGCUCUGCGGGGCAGGAGGUUUGUGCCGCUGCCGCCCCGGCUACACAGGCACCGCCUGCCAGGAAUGCAGCCCCGGCUUCCAUGGCUUCCCCAGCUGUGUCCCCUGCCACUGCUCUGCCGAAGGCUCCCUGCACGCAGCCUGCGACCCCCGGAGUGGGCAAUGCAGCUGCCGGCCCCGCGUGACGGGGCUGCGGUGUGACACAUGUGUGCCAGGUGCCUACAACUUCCCUUACUGCGAAGCUGGCUCUUGCCAUCCUGCUGGUCUGGCUCUGGUGGAUCCUGCCCUUCCUGAGGCACAGGCUCCCUGUGUGUGCCGGGCUAACGUGGAGGGGCCAAGCUGUGACCGCUGCAAACCUGGGUUCUGGGGACUAAGCCCCAGCAACCCCGAGGGCUGCACCCGCUGCAGCUGCGACCCCAGGGGCACGCUGGGUGGAGUUGCUGAGUGCCAGCCAGGCACCGGCCAAUGCUUCUGCAAGCCCCACGUGUGUGGCCAGGCCUGCGCAGCCUGCAAGGACGGCUUCUUUGGACUGGAUCAGGCUGACUAUUUCGGCUGCCGCAGCUGCCGGUGUGACGCUGGCGGUGCCCUGGGGCAGAGCUGUGAACCGAGGACGGGUGCCUGCCGCUGCCGCCCCAACACCCAGGGCCCCACCUGCAGCCGGCCUGUGAGGGACCACUACCUCCCGGACCUGCACCACCUGCGCCUGGAGCUGGAGGAGGCCGCCACACCUGAGGGUCACGCUGUGCGCUUUGGCUUCAACCCCCUUGAGUUCGAGAACUUCAGCUGGAGGGGCUACGCGCAAAUGGCACCUGUCCAGCCCAGGAUCGUGGCCAGGCUGAACCUGACCUCCCCCGACCUUUUCUGGCUUAUCUUCCGAUACGUCAACCGGGGGGCCGUGAGUGUGAGCGGGCGAGUCUCUGUGAGAGAGGAGGGCAGGUUGGCCGCCUGCGCCAACUGCACAGCGCAGAGCCAGCCCGUGGCCUUCCCGCCCAGCACAGAACCUGCCUUCGUCACCGUGCCCCAGAGGGGCUUCGGAGAGCCCUUCGUGCUGAACCCUGGCACCUGGGCCUUGCUUGUGGAGGCUGAGGGGGUGCUCCUGGACUACGUGGUUCUGCUGCCUAGCGCAUACUACGAGGCGGCACUCCUGCAGCUGCGGGUGACCGAGGCCUGCACGUACCGCCCCUCUACCCAGCAGUCUGGCGACAACUGCCUCCUCUACACACACCUCCCCCUGGAUGGCUUCCCCUCGGCCGCGGGGUUGGAGGCCCUGUGUCGCCAGGACAACAGCCUGCCCCGGCCCUGCCCCACGGAGCAGCUCAGCCCAUCGCACCCACCACUGGUCACCUGCACAGGCAGUGAUGUGGAUGUCCAGCUUCAGGUGGCAGUGCCACAGCCGGGCCGCUAUGCCCUGGUGGUGGAGUAUGCCAAUGAGGAUGCCCGCCAGGAGGUGGGUGUGGCCAUGCACACCCCACAGCGGGCGCCCCAGCAGGGGCUGCUCUCCCUGCACCCCUGCCUGUACAGCACCCUGUGCCGGGGCACUGCCCGGGAUACCCAGGACCGCCUGGCCGUCUUCCACCUGGACUCAGAGGCCAACGUGAGGCUCACAGCUGAGCAGGCGCACUUCUACCUGCACGGGGUCACUCUGGUGCCCAUGGAGGAGUUCAGCCCGGAGUUCGUGGAGCCCCGGGUCCGCUGCAUCAGCAGCCACGGAGCCUUUGGUCCCAGCAGUGCCGCCUGUCUGCCCUCGCGCUUCCCAAAGCCGCCCCAGCCCAUCAUCCUCAGGGACUGCCAGGUGAUCCCGCUGCCGCCCGGUCUCCCGCUGACCCAGGCACAGGACCUCAUGCCAGCCACGUCCCCAACUGGACCCCAGCCUCGGCCCCCCACCGCCGUGGACCCUGAUGUGGAGCCCACUUUGCUGCGUGAGCCCCAGGCCACCGUGGUCUUCACCACCCAUGUGCCCACGCUGGGCCGCUACGCCUUCCUGCUGCACGGCUACCAGCCAGCCCACCCCACCUUCCCCGUGGAAGUCCUCAUCAACGCCGGCCGCGUGUGGCAGGGCCAUGCCAACGCCAGCUUCUGUCCACAUGGCUACGGCUGCCGCACCCUGGUGGUGUGUGAGGGCCAGGCCCUGCUGGACGUGACCCACAGCGAGCUCACUGUGACUGUGCGUGUGCCCGAGGGCCGCUGGCUCUGGCUGGAUUAUGUCCUCGUGGUCCCUGAGAAUGUCUACAGCUUUGGCUACCUCCGGGAGGAGCCCCUGGACAAAUCCUAUGACUUCAUCAGCCACUGUGCAGCCCAGGGCUACCACAUCAGCCCCGGCAGCUCAUCCCUGUUCUGCCGAAAUGCUGCUGCCUCCCUCUCCCUCUUCUAUAACAACGGAGCCCGGCCAUGUGGCUGCCACGAAGUAGGUGCUACAGGCCCCACGUGUGAGCCCUUCGGGGGCCAGUGUCCCUGCCGUGCCCACGUCAUUGGCCGUGACUGCUCCCGCUGCGCCACCGGAUACUGGGGCUUCCCCAACUGCAGGCCCUGUGACUGCGGCGCCCGCCUCUGUGACGAGCUCACGGGCCAGUGCAUCUGCCCACCACGCACCGUCCCGCCUGAGUGCCUGCUGUGCCAGCCCCAGACCUUUGGCUGCCACCCCCUGGUCGGCUGUGAGGAGUGUAACUGCUCAGGGCCCGGUGUCCAGGAGCUCACAGACCCUACCUGUGACACAGACAGCGGCCAGUGCAAGUGCAGACCCAACGUGACCGGGCGUCGCUGUGAUACCUGCUCUCCGGGCUUCCAUGGCUACCCCCACUGCCGCCCCUGUGACUGUCACGAGGCGGGCACUGCGCCUGGUGUGUGUGACCCCCUCACAGGACAGUGCUACUGUAAGGAGAAUGUGCAGGGCCCCAGAUGUGACCAGUGCAGCCUUGGGACCUUCUCCCUGGAUGCUGCCAACCCCAAAGGUUGCACCCGCUGCUUCUGUUUUGGGGCCACAGAGCGCUGCCGGAGCUCGUCCUACACCCGCCAGGAGUUCGUGGACAUGGAGGGCUGGGUGCUGCUGAGCACUGACCGGCAGGUGGUGCCCCACGAGCGGCGGCCAGGGACGGAGAUGCUCCGUGCAGACCUGCGGCACGUGCCCGAGGCGGUGCCUGAGGCCUUCCCCGAGCUGUACUGGCAGGCCCCACCCUCCUACCUGGGGGACCGGGUGUCAUCCUACGGUGGGACCCUCCGUUAUGAACUGCACUCGGAGACCCAGCGGGGCGACGUCUUUGUCCCCACGGAGAGCAGGCCGGAUGUGGUGCUGCAGGGCAACCAGAUGAGCAUCACAUUCCUGGAGCCGGCAUACCCCAUGCCCGGCCACAUUCACCGUGGGCAGCUGCAGCUGGUGGAGGGGAACUUCCGGCACACGGAGACUCGCAACACUGUGUCCCGUGAGGAGCUCAUGAUGGUGCUUGCCAGCCUGGAGCAGCUGCAGAUCCGUGCCCUCUUCUCGCAGAUCUCCUCGGCUGUCUCCCUGCGCAGGGUGGCACUGGAGGUGGCCAGCCCAGCAGGCCAGGGUACCCUGGCCAGCAAUGUGGAGCUGUGCCUGUGCCCCGCUAGCUACCGGGGGGACUCAUGCCAGGAAUGUGCCCCCGGCUUCUAUCGGGACGUCAAAGGUCUCUUCCUGGGCCGAUGUGUCCCUUGUCAGUGCCACGGACACUCAGACCGCUGCCUCCCUGGCUCUGGCAUCUGUGUGGACUGCCAGCACAACACCGAAGGAGCUCAAUGUGAGCGCUGCCAGGCUGGCUUUGUGAGCAGCAGGGAGGACCCCAGUGCCCCCUGUGUCAGCUGCCCCUGCCCCCUCUCAGUGCCUUCCAACAACUUUGCCGAGGGCUGUGUCCUGCGAGGUGGCCGCACCCAGUGCCUCUGCAAACCUGGUUAUGCAGGCGCCUCCUGUGAGCGGUGUGCGCCCGGUUUCUUCGGGAACCCACUGGUGCUGGGCAGCUCCUGCCAGCCUUGUGACUGCAGCGGCAAUGGUGACCCCAACCUGCUCUUCAGCGACUGCGACCCCCUGACGGGUGCCUGCCGUGGCUGCCUGCGCCACACCACUGGGCCACGCUGCGAGAUCUGUGCCCCCGGCUUCUAUGGCAACGCGCUGCUGCCCGGCAACUGCACCCGGUGCGACUGUGCCCCAUGUGGGACAGAGGCCUGCAACCCCCAUAGUGGGCAAUGCCUGUGCAAGGCGGGUGUGACUGGGCGGCGCUGUGACCGCUGUCAGGAGGGACAUUUUGGCUUCGAAGGCUGCGGGGGCUGCCGCCCGUGUGCUUGUGGACCGGCCGCCGAGGGCUCCGAGUGCCACCCCCAGAGCGGACAGUGCCACUGCCGACCAGGGACCAUGGGACCCCAGUGCCGCGAGUGUGCCCCUGGCUACUGGGGGCUCCCUGAGCAGGGCUGCAGGCGCUGCCAGUGCCCUGGGGGCCGCUGUGACCCUCACACGGGCCGCUGCACCUGCCCCCCAGGGCUCAGUGGGGAGCGCUGCGACACCUGCAGCCAGCAGCAUCAGGUGCCUGUUCCAGGUGGGCCUGGGGACCACAGCGUCCACUGUGAAGUGUGUGACCACUGUGUGGUCCUGCUCCUGGACGACCUGGAACGGGCCGGCACCCUCCUCCCCGCCAUCCGCGAGCAACUGCGUGGCAUCAAUGCCAGCUCUGUGGCCUGGGCCCGUCUGCACAGGCUGAACGCCUCCAUCACUGACCUACAGAGCCAGCUCCGGAGCCCCCUGGGCCCCCGCCACGAGACGGCACAGCAGCUGGAGGUGCUGGAGCAGCAAAGCACAAGCCUUGGGCAGGAUGCACAGCAGCUGGACAGCCAGGCCGCAGGGACCCGAGAGCAGGCGAGCCGAUUGCUGGCCGGCACCGAGGCCACGCUGGGCCGGGCGAAGACGCUGUUGGCGGCUAUCCGGGCUGUGGACCGCACCCUGAGCGAGCUCAUGUCCCAGACCGGCCACCUGGGGCUGGCCAAUGCCUCGGCUCUGUCAGGCGAGCAGCUGCGCCGGACGCUGGCCGAGGUGGAGCGGCUGCUCUGGGAGAUGCGGGCCCGGGACCUGGGGGCCCCGCGGGCAGCUGCUGAGGCUGAGUUGGCUGCAGCGCAGAGACUGCUGGCCCGAGUGCAGGAGCAGCUGAGCAACCUCUGGGAGGAGAACCAGGCACUGGCCACACACACCCGCGACCGGCUGGCCCAGCAUGAGGCCAGUCUCAUGGACCUUCGAGAGGCCUUGAACCGGGCAGUGGACGUCACGCGGGAGGCCCAGGAGCUCAACAGCCGCAACCAGGAGCGCCUGGAGGAAGCCCUGCAAAGGAAGCAGGAGCUGUCCCGGGACAAUGCCACCCUGAAGGCCACUCUACAUGCAGCUAGUGACACCCUGGCCAGCGUCUUCAGAUUGCUGCACAGCCUGGACCAGGCCAAGGAGGAGCUGGAGCGCCUCGCCGCCAGCCUGGACGGGGCUCGGACCCCACUGCUGCAGAGGAUGCAGAACUUCUCCCCAGCGGGCAGCAAGCUGCGUCUGGUGGAGGCCGCCGAGGCCCACGCACAGCAGCUGGACCAGCUGGCGCUCAACCUGUCCAGCAUCAUCCUGGACAUCAACCAGGACCGCCUUACCCAGAGGGCCAUCGAGGCCUCCAGCGCUUACAGCCGCAUCCUGCAGGCCGUGCAGGCUGCCGAGGAUGCUGCUGGCCAGGCCCUGCAGCAGGCAGACCACACGUGGGCGACAGUGGUGCGGCAGGGCCUGGUGGACCGAGCCCGGCAGCUCCUGGCAAACAGCAGUGCACUGGAGGAGGCUGUGCUCCGGGAACAGCGGAGGCUGGGCCUCGUGUGGGCUGCCCUCCAGGGUGCCGGGACCCAGCUCCGAGAUGUCCGGGCCAAGAAGGACCAACUGGAGGCGCGCAUCCAGGCGGCGCAGGCCAUGCUUGCCAUGGACACAGACGAGACGAGCAAGAAGAUCGCACACGCCAAGGCUGUGGCCGCUGAAGCCCAGGACGUGGCCGCCCGUGUGGAGACGCAGCUGCAGGCCGUGCAGGAGAGCGUGGAGCGGUGGCAGGGCCAGUAUGAGGGCCUGCGGGGCCAGGACCUGGGCCAGGCGGUGCUCGACGCAGGCCGCUCAGUGUCCAGCCUGGAGAAGACGCUGCCCCAGCUGCUGGCCAAGCUGAGUGUCCUGGAGAACCGUGGGGCGCACAACGCCAGCCUGGUCCUGUCCGCCAGCAUCGGCCGUGUGCGGCAGCUUAUUGCCCAGGCCCGGGGCGCUGCCAGCAAGGUCAAGGUGCCCAUGAAGUUCAAUGGGCGCUCAGGGGUGCAGCUGCGCACCCCACGGGAUCUUGCCGACCUUGCUGCCUACACUGCCCUCAAGUUCUACCUGCAGGGCCCAGAGCCUGAGCCUGGGCAGGGUACCGAGGAUCACUUUGUGAUGUACAUGGGCAGCCGCCAGGCCACUGGGGACUACAUGGGUGUGUCUCUGCGUGACAAGAAGGUGCACUGGGUGUAUCGGCUGGGCGAGGCGGGCCCUGCAGUCCUGAGCAUCGACGAGGACAUUGGGGAGCAGUUUGCAGCUGUCAGCCUGGACAGGACUCUCCAGUUUGGCCACAUGUCUGUCACAGUGGAGAGACAGAUGAUCCAGGAAACCAAGGGUGACACGGUGGCCCCUGGGGCAGAGGGGCUGCUCAACCUGCGGCCAGACGACUUUGUCUUCUACGUCGGGGGUUACCCCAGUACCUUCACGCCCCCUCCCCUGCUUCGCUUCCCUGGCUACCGGGGCUGCAUCGAGAUGGACACGCUGAAUGAGGAGGUGGUCAGCCUCUACAACUUCGAGAGGACCUUCCAGCUGGACACGGCUGUGGACAGGCCUUGUGCCCGCUCCAAGUCGACCGGGGACCCGUGGCUCACAGACGGCUCCUACCUGGAUGGCACCGGUUUUGCCCGCAUCAGCUUCGAUGGUCAGAUCAGCACCACCAAGCGCUUUGAACAGGAGCUGCGCCUCGUAUCCUACAGUGGGGUCCUCUUCUUCCUGAAGCAGCAGAGCCAGUUCCUGUGCUUGGCCGUGCGAGAAGGCAGCCUCGUGCUGCUGUAUGACUUUGGCGCUGGCCUGAGAGAGGCUGUCCCGCUGCAGACCCCACCGCCCCUGACCUCGGCCAGCAAGGCGAUCCAGGUGUUCCUGCUGGGGGGCAGCCGCAAGCGUGUGCUGGUGCGUGUGGAGCGGGCCACGGUGUUCAGCGUGGAGCAGGACAAUGUUCUGGAACUGGCCGACGCCUACUACCUGGGGGGCGCGCCGCCCGACCAGCUGCCCCCGAGCCUGCGACGGCUCUUCCCCAUGGGAGGCUCAGUCCGUGGCUGCGUCAAAGGGAUCAAGGCCCUGGGCAAGUAUGUGGACCUCAAGCGGCUGAACACAACAGGCGUGAGCGCCGGCUGCACCGCUGACCUGCUGGUGGGGCGCGCCAUGACUUUCCACGGCCACGGCUUCCUUCACCUGGCGCUCUCGAACGUGGCACCCCUCACUGGCGACGUCUACUCCGGCUUUGGCUUCCACAGUGCCCAGGACAGUGCCCUGCUCUACUACCGGGCAUCCCCGGAUGGGCCAUGCCAGGUGUCCCUGCGGCAGGGCCACGUGACCCUACAGCUCCUGAGAACUGAAGUGAUAGCUGAGGGGGCCUUCGCCGAUGGCGCCCCCCAUUACGUCGCCUUCUACAGCAAUGCCACAGGGGUCUGGCUCUAUGUCGACGACCAGCUCCAGCAGAUGAAGCCCCACCGGGGACCACGCCCAGAGCCCCAGCCGCAGCCUGAGGGGCCCCCGAGUCUCCUCCUGGGAGGCCUGCCUGAGCCUGACACCUUUCACUUCAGUGGCUGCAUAAGCAACAUCUUUGUGCGGCGGCUCCUGGGCCCACAGCGCGUAUUCGACCUGCAGCAGAACCUGGGCAGCGUGAACGUGAGCACGGGCUGUGCACCCACUCUGCAAGCCCAGACCCUGGACCUGGGGCCUAGAGGACUGCGGACCGCCACCCGGAAGGCUUCCCGCCGCAGUCGUCAGCCCACCCAGGAUCCCGCCUGCAUGCUGCCCCCAUACCUCAGGACCACCCAAGACACCUACCAGUUUGGGGGUUCCCUGUCCAGUCACCUGGAGUUUGUGGGCAUCCUGGCCCCACAUAGGAACUGGCCCAGCCUCUCCAUGCGCGUCCUCCCGCGAAGCCCCCGAGGCCUCCUGCUCUUCGCUGCGAGCCUGAGGCCCAGCAGCCCCUCCCUGGCACUCUUCCUGAGCAAUGGACACUUCAUCGCACAGAUGGAAGGCCUUGGGACUCGGCUCCGCGCCCAGAGCCGCCAGCGCUCCUGGCCUGGCCACUGGCACAAGGUCUCCGUGCGCUGGGAGAAGAACCGGAUCCUGCUGGUGACGGACGGGGCCCGGGCCUGGAGCCAGGAGGGGCCACGCUGGCAGCACCAGGGGGCAGAGCACCCCCAGCCCCACACCCUCUUUGUGGGGGGCCUCCCGGCCAGCAGCCACAGCUCCAAACUUCCGGUGACCGUCGGGUUCAGCGGCUGUGUGAAGAGACUGAGGCUGCACGGAAGGCCCCUGGGGGCCCCCACACGGAUGGCAGGGGUCACACCCUGCAUCUCGGGCCCCCUGGAGGCGGGCCUGUUCUUCCCAGGCAGCGGGGGACUUAUCACUUUAGACCUCCCAGGAGCUACACUGCCUGACGUGGGCCUGGAACUGGAGGUACGGCCCCUGGCAGUCACCGGCCUGAUCUUCCACUUGGGCCAGGCCCGGACACCCCCCUAUUUGCAGCUGCAGGUGACUGAGAAGCAAGUCCUGCUGCGGGCGGACGAUGGAGCAGGGGAGUUCUCCACAUCAGUGACCCGCCCCUCAGUGCUGUGUGACGGCCAGUGGCACCGGCUGGCAGUGAUGAAAGGCGGAAACGUGCUCCGGCUAGAGGUGGACGCACAGAGCAACCACACCGUGGGCCCCUCGCUGGCGGCUGCGGCUGGUGCCCCAGCCCCUCUGCACCUCGGGGGCCUGCCUGAGCCCACGGCCAUGCAGCCCUGGCCCCCCGCCUACCGUGGCUGCAUGAGGAGGCUGACAGUGAACCGGGCCCCCGUCACCAUGACUCGCUCUGCAGAGGUCCACGGGGCAGUGGGGGCCAGUGGCUGCCCAGCCGCCUAGGGCACUGCCAACCCUGGCCUCUGGUUAGGCCCUUGCAGGUGACUCCUCUCACUGCCCUUUGUGCUCACCUCAUAGGUGUUUAUUGGGAUUCUAGGCUCUAUGGGUGACAGAUCUUGUUUCUGGAGAUGGUUUAAAUUAUAUCUUUUUAAAUGAAAGAAUAAAAUACUGCAAAAUGUUUUUAUA